AUGACGUAUGCCUCCGACGUUGAGGGCGGUGGUGCAGCAGAUGAGCGUUCACCAAUGCUGAGGAGCUCCUCUGAGGCCGCGAAGCCUGAUAAUGAUCAUUCUUCCUUCUGGACAGUGUUGCACUUCUUCGGUGGCGGCAUCUACGCACCUGACGCAGCGACCUACGACCCCAUCGAGAUCCUGCUGAACACUGAAGACAAGAAGGAGAAGGAUGAGCUGACGAUCAAGUGGAGGGAUAAUAAGCUCAGCGAAUUGAGCUUCAUUGGUGUUGUCGCUGCGCUGUUGGCAGGAGUGCUUACAUCGACUGGUAGCUGGCCACAGGUACUGCCAAGUGGGCGCGAGUCACCAUGGCCUAUCAGGACGGCCUGGUACUGCGGUAUCAUCUUAUCGCUGUUCAGUAUUUUGACUGCAGCGGAUCAGACUGUGCGACUUCACCGUCUAUCUGCGCAUCGCGAUGGCCUUGGUGGCAUUCGAAAGCUGCUAGCCAAGACUAAUGGGGAACGAAGGCACUCGAAGAAGACAGGCCGUCGUGCGCCCAGUCUGCUGCAAGUCUUCACAUGGCAGAUGCCAGUCAUGUUUCUGACGACAGCGACGGUCAGCAUGAUUAUCGGCAUGUUUCUGCACGUUUGGUCCGCCACGAGGCAUCUGCAAACUUCUGAUUGGUGGGACGACAAUUCAAAGGUUGCUCUGACAUUCACUGUUGUAGCUUUGACUUCAAUUGUAUUAUUCUUCGCGGGCCAGGUAUCUCUGUACACACCAGAGCAGCGUCGAGAAUAG